CUGAGAUCGCCUUGCUGGACUGUAGCAUUAUACCCACCGCUGACCGCACUCGACGCCGUCCACGUCCCAGACUCCAGCGCGCCCUGCUUCCGCGUCACCGUCCCAUGAUCAGCGCAUACGACGACUUGGCCUAAGUACCGCCCGCGCUCGACGUUAGCCGUCCCUGCCAGACCGCCCUCGCCGCUGAUACUCUGCUCGCUCCAAUGGUCACGAUGGCUUCGAAUGGAUUGCCCGUGCCCGCCCAAAACAGCAACUACAUGGAAAACGGCCGCUGGUAUCAUGGCUUCCGGAGAGGCCUCUACAUGUACCCCUGCGACGAGCCCGAGAAAGACCGCAUGGACAUUUACCACCAGUUCUUCGCUGUCGCACGGAGAGGGCAGCUGCACCAGGCGCCGGUGCCCACGCAGCCAAACGUGCAGCCCCGCAUCCUCGACGUAGGCUGUGGGACGGGCAUCUGGGCAAUUGACAUGGCCGACAAAUACCUAAACGCCGAGGUCCUAGGUUUAGAUCUCGUCAAUAUUCAGCCUGAGAAAAUCCCCCCGAACCUGCGAUUCCGAGUACCACGCGACUACGAGAGCCCAUGGACGCUGGGCGAAGAUUCCUGGGACCUGAUCCACCUGCGCAUGGCGUGCGGCAGCGUGACGAGCUGGCCCGAACUCUACCAGAAGAUUUACUCACAUCUCAAGCCCGGCACCGGCUGGAUAGAGCACAUUGAAAUCGACAUGGAGCCGCGCUGCGACGACUACACGCUGCCCCAGGACAGCAUGCUCACCAAGUGGUACGGCUGGCUAGCUGACGCCACGCACCGAGUUUCGCGCCCAAUCGCCUACGAACACCGCACCCGCCAGCUGUUGCAGGCCGCUGGCUUCAUCGACAUCCAGGAGACGGUCAUCCGCGUCCCCUACAACACAUGGCCCAAUGACCCGCACCAAAAGGACAUUGGGAGGUGGUACAACCUGGGCUUGACCGAGGGUCUGGAGGCGCUAACCUUUGCACCUCUCACAAGGGUCUAUCAGUGGGACCUCAACGCGCAUGUCAGGCCAGUGCUCGAGAGUGUUCGCAGGGAAAUCUGCAACCGCAAAAUCCAUGCGUACAACAACAUCCACAUCUGGACUGCCCGCCGUCCCCAGCAGUAGCAUCUCGCACCACCCUUGUACAACUCUGUUCAUGGAUAGUUUGCCUGCCCGCUACACAGGUAGCCCCUGCCAGGCACCCACCUAGCCCGGACUGGCUUUCUCCUGGCGCUCUAUCGAGCGCAUCAACGCGACGGCCUCGUUACACCUGGACUCUAGAGAUGCUUCCAGGAUGUUGUGCAUUCC